AACGUGAGCAGUUGGUCUGAUCCAAGUCAUCAAAGCCUUCACACACCACACACACACACACAACACAAAGAAGAUCAUAUGGGUAGUUUGGGAAGCUACACUUACAACGAUUCUAUUUCAACUCUCACCAUCGGAAAAGUUAUAACAUGCAAAGCGGCGGUGGCAUACGGGCCGGGCCAACCUCUGGUUGUGGAAGAAAUUCGGGUGGAUCCUCCUCAGAGAAUGGAGGUCCGAAUCCGGGUGCUUUUCACUUCUAUUUGCCACACUGAUCUCAGUGCCUGGCUAGGCGAGAAUGAAGCUCAGCGGGUAUACCCUCGGAUUCUUGGCCAUGAGGCUUCCGGUUUGGUGGAAAGCGUGGGAGAAGGGGUGAAGGACCUGGAGGUAGGGGAUCACGUCGUUCCGAUUUUCAAUGGAGAAUGCCAGAAAUGUGGGCACUGCAAGUCGGAGAAGACCAAUCUGUGUGAGAAGUUUCGGGUGAAUCCGUUGAAGAGUACUAUGAGGAGUGACGGAAAGUGUAGGUUUUGGACGAAAGACGGGCGACCCGUAUACCAUUUCCUCAACACUUCCACCUUCAGCGAGUACACCGUUCUUGAUUCCGCCUGUGCUGUCAAGAUCGACGCCAAUGCCCCCUUGGAGAAAAUGACACUGCUCAGUUGUGGGGUUUCUACGGGUCUUGGAGCAGUGUGGAAUACGGCUGACGUGGCGGUCGGGGAAACUCUUGCUGUGUUUGGUUUGGGAGCUGUGGGGCUGGCUGUGGUGGAAGGGGCAAGGGCCAGAGGCGCAUCCAGAAUUAUUGGAGUGGACAUCAAUUCAGAUAAACGUAUCAAAGGUUUAGCAAUUGGGAUCACAGACUUCAUAAAUCCCAAGGAACUGGACAAGCCAGUUCACGAGAAAAUAAGGGAAAUGACGGGAGGAGGAGUGCAUUAUAGCUUUGAGUGUGCAGGAAACUUGGACGUUCUCCGGGAGGCCUUUUUGUCCACUCAUGACGGUUGGGGUUUGACAGUAAUAUUAGGGAUACAUCCAACGCCAAGAUUGCUUCCUCUCCAUCCGAUGGAGCUUUUUGAUGGGAGAAGAAUGGUGGGAUCUGUGUUUGGUGACUUCAAAGGGAAAUCCCAAUUGCCUCAUUUUGCCAAUCAAUGCAUCCAAGGGGUGGUGAAAUUGGAUGAAUUCAUCACUCAUGAAAUGCCAUUUUCGAAGAUUAACGAAGCUCUUAAAUUACUGAUUGAGGGCAAAUCACUGAGAUGCCUUCUUCACCUUUGAACAUGUAUAUUUCUAUCGUUAGGCACUUUCUUUGUCUGUGAAUCCUUAAGUGAAAUGUGUUUCAUAUGAUUGCAGUCUGUACAAAUAGUUGAGAGUUAGGCGUGAAAUAAUAAUCCCUUUCAAGCAAUAAACAGUUUGACCCUUCAUUUU